CGUGCCCGGGGGAGCCGGAGCGCCUGGACUUCCUGCGGGAGCGGCACGUGCGCUUCUUCCAGCGGUGCCUCCAGAUCCUGCCCGAGCGCUACUCGUCCCUGGAGACCAGCAGGUUGACAAUUGCAUUUUUCGCACUCUCUGGUCUGGAUAUGUUGGAUUCCUUAGAUGUGGUGAACAAAGAUGAUAUAAUAGAAUGGAUUUAUUCCCUGCAGGUCCUUCCCACAGAAGACAGAUCAAACAUGAAUCGCUGUGGAUUCAGAGGUUCUUCAUAUUUAGGGAUGCCAUUCAAUCCCUCCAAGGGUCCAGGUAUAUCUCAUCCCUAUGAUAGUGGGCACAUAGCUAUGACUUACACAGGACUAUCAUGUCUAGUUAUUCUUGGAGAUGAUUUAAGUCGAGUAAAUAAGGAUGCCAUACUGGCAGGACUGAGAGCUCUCCAGCUGGAGGAUGGAAGUUUCUGUGCAGUGCUGGAAGGAAGUGAGAAUGAUAUGAGGUUUGUGUACUGUGCUUCCUGUAUCUGCUACAUGCUCGAUAACUGGUCAGGCAUGGAUAUGAAGAAAGCAAUAGACUACAUUAGAAGAAGUAUGUCUUAUGAUAAUGGCCUGGCACAGGGAGCUGGACUGGAAUCUCAUGGUGGCUCUACAUUUUGUGGUAUUGCAUCACUGUGUUUGAUGGGCAAACUGGAGGAAGUUUUUUCAGAAAAAGAACUGAACAGAAUUAGAAGAUGGUGUAUAAUGAGGCAACAGAAUGGCUACCAUGGACGACCCAACAAACCUGUGGACACUUGCUAUUCCUUUUGGGUGGGAGCAACAUUGAAGCUCUUGAACAUAUUCCAAUAUACAAAUUUUGAGAAAAACCGAAAUUACAUCCUGUCAACUCAAGAUCGUCUUGUUGGUGGAUUUGCCAAGUGGCCGGACAGCCAUCCAGAUGCUUUACAUGCCUACUUUGGGAUCUGUGGUUUGUCAUUAAUUGGGGAAUCUGGUAUUUGCAAAGUUCAUCCUGCCCUGAAUGUAAGCACAAGAGCAUCAGAGCGUCUUCACCACCUUCAUCAGAUCUGGAAAACGGACUUUAAACAGCAUUCAGACGGCACACACCUCUCUACAUGACUGAUUUAGACUUGAAUUUAGUUCUGGUAGCAUAAUUGUAGCCCAGGGUUAAAAGCCAUGCAUAACCAAUGUGCUCUUUUAAGUGCUGGAGUCAUACAAUCAGAUCUGUGUUGCUGGCAUCACUUUGAUAGGGAGUUGCCUUCAGCAGGUUAUUCUGCAUUGUGAAAAGGGGAAUAUUUUGUUUAUAUAGAAGUUUGUCACCGCAGACUGUAAAUGGCUUUUCAGAUGGCUUUACUUCUAAGAAAUCCCUUGAGGCAUUUAAACUUCAUUUUAAUUUUAUUUUUUUAAAUUUGUGCAUACUGUGUCAAACUAUAUAAUGGGGAGUAUUUUCAAAAUUGUUUACAUAUCAUACAGUAUAGCACAGAACAUUGAAGUUCUUUAUAAUCUUACUAUUUGACAUAUUUUUGGGUAGAGAAUCUCUCAUAUUAAGUCUCAGUUAAAAGUUGCCUAUUACCAACUUUCAGAUUCCAUAAACUUUGUUUUUCACAAACAAAUUAAUUAAAUACAAAUAAAAAUAUUUUAUUCAAUAUACUGGACUUUUAAAGUUGUGUGGCCUUACUAAGUGGAUUUCAUAAUUCUUCUGAGUAGGUUUUACACAGAUGCAGUGGAUUGUUAGCCAGACAAAGAGUUUUGAUCUGAAGUAGUUUCUUCAUGUGAAGUUCACUAAGAGUGUGGCAUAUUGAUUUGUGUUAAUAAGAGAUAUUCAACCCAGUCUUUUGGAAGCAUACCUGUAUGCAAGAGUAGCAUUAGAACCUGCUUCUAAAGACAAACCUUUGCAAUACGUUGAAGUUGUUAAAUUAGAGUAAUGAUUAACAUUUGCAGCUUCUUUAGUGCUUUACUAGUGCCUUACUUUGUAUGCUUGAAGUGCUGUUCAGAGUUGAAGCAAGUAACUUUGCAGCUGGUGUGUUUGUGGCAGGUCAGUUUGUGCAUUCAGUAGACACCACAACGUCUUUCUACUUGCCAGUCAUUAACAGCAUUUUUUUUUCUAAAGGUUCCAAAGACAACUGAAGACUUCUUAAAACAGAUUAGGAGCACCAUUUGCCACUGCUGAGCCCAAAGAGACAGGAUGUGUAGACCAUUUUGGCCAGCAAAAAGAGUUUUGGGGAUAAACAUGAUUCCUGUUUUGCAAUGCAGGGCAAGU